ACGCCACCACCAGAGCCCCGGUGAAGAUGGCGGCAGCCGUUCUUAGCGGGCCCUCUGCGGGCUCCGCGGCUGGGGUUCCCGGCGGGACCGGGGGUCUUUCGGCGAUGGGCUCUGGGCCGCGUCUCCGUCUUCUGCUGUUGGAGAGUGUGUCCGGGUUGCUGCAGCCGCGAGCGGGGUCCACCGUCCCUCCCGUGCAUCCCCCAGCCCGCUCGGCCCCACAUUUGCCCGGGCUUAUGUGCCUGUUGCGACUGCAUGGGACGGUGGGCGGGGCCCAGAACCUUUCAGCUGUUGGGGCAUUGGUGGGUCUCAGUAAUGCACGACUUGGAUCUAUCAAAACUCGGUUUGAGGGCCUGUGUCUACUCUCCUUGCUGGUAGGGGAGAGCCCCACAGAGAUGUUCCAGCAACACUGUGUCUCUUGGCUUCGGAGCAUUCAGCAGGUCUUGCAGACCCAGGACCCAGCCCCCACCAUGGAGUUGGCCGUGGCCAUCCUGAGGGACCUGCUCCGAUACGCAGCGCAGCUUCCUCCUCUCUUCCGGGACAUUUCCAUGAACCACCUUCCUGGCCUGCUCACUUCCCUGCUGGGUCUGAGACCAGAGUGUGAGCUGUCAGCGCUGGAGGGAAUGAAGGCUUGCAUGAUCUAUUUUCCUCGGGCUUGUGGUUCUCUCAAAGGCAAGCUGGCCUCAUUUUUCCUGUCUCGAGUGGAUGCCCUGAGCCCGCAGCUGCAGCAGUUGGCCUGUGAGUGUUAUUCCAGACUGCCCUCCUUAGGGGCUGGCUUUUCCCAGGGCCUGAAGCACACGGAGAGCUGGGAACAGGAGCUCCACUGCCUGCUGGCCUCACUGCACAGCCUGCUGGGGGCCCUGUACGAGGGAGCAGAAACGGCUCCUAUGCAGUAUGAAGGCCCUGGAGUGGAGAUGCUGUUUUCCCCCUCAGAAGAUGGUGACGCCCAUGCCCUUCUUCAGCUUCGGCAGAGGUUUUCUGGACUGGCCCGCUGUCUGGGGCUCAUGCUCAGCUCUGAGUUUGGGGCCCCCGUGUCCGUCCCUGUGCAGGAAAUCCUGGAUGUCAUCUGCCGGACCCUCAGUGUCACUGGCAAGAAUAUAAGCUUGCUUGGAGAUGGCCCCCUGCGGUUGCUGCUGCUGCCCUCUCUCCACCUGGAAGCCUUGGACCUGCUCUCUGCCCUCAUCUUGGCGUGUGGAAGCCGGCUCUUACGUUUUGGGGGCCUGAUCAGCCGCCUGCUCCCCCAGGUCCUCAAUGCCUGGAGCAUGGGUAGGGAUACCCUUUCCCCUGGCCAGGAGAGACCUUACAGCACCAUACGGACCAAGGUGUAUGCUGUAUUGGAGCUGUGGGUGCAGGUGUGUGGGGCCUCAGCAGGUGUGCUUCAGGGCGGAGCCUCCUCAGAGGCCCUGCUGACCCACCUGCUCAGUGACAUCUCUCCUGCAGCUGAUGCCAUUAAGCUGCGCAGCCCCCGGGGAAGCCCUGACAGGGUUUUGCAAACUGGAAAGCCCAGCGCCCCCAAGAAGCUAAAGCUAGAUAUAGGGGAGGCUGUGGCCCCGCCAAGCCACAGGAAAGGAGAUAGCAAUGCCAACAGUGACGUGUGUGCAGCUGCGCUGAGAGGCCUCAGCCGCACCAUCCUCAUGUGUGGGCCUCUCAUCAAGGAGGAGACGCACAGGAGACUCCACGAUCUGGUCCUCCCUCUGGUUGUGGGUGUCCAGCAGGGUGAGGCCCUAGGCAGCUCUCCAUACACCAGCUCCCGCUGCCGCUGUGAGCUCUACCGCCUGCUGCUGGCCCUGCUGUUGGCGCCUUCUCCUCGCUGCCCUCCUCCUCUCACCUGUGCCCUGCAAGCCUUCUCCCUCGGCCAGCGAGAAGACAGCCUUGAGGUCUCUUCUUUCUGCUCAGAAGCACUUGUGACCUGUGCAGCUCUGACCCACCCCCGGGUUCCUCCCCUGCAGUCCAUGGGCACCUGCCCCACACCUGCCCCAGUCCCUCCUCCUGAGGUCCCGUCUCCGUUCAGGGCUGCACCCUUCCAUCCCCCAGGCCCCAUGCCUUCUGUAGGCCCCCUGCCCUCAGCGGGAUCCCUGCCCUCAGCGGGCCCACUGCCGUCGGCACGCCCUGGACCUCCAGCCACAGCCAACCACCUAGGCCUCUCUGUCCCAGGCCUGGUGUCUGUACCCCCCCGGCUCCUACCUGGCCCUGAGAACCACCGGGCAGGCUCAAACGAGGACCCCGUCCUGGCCUCUGGUGACACGUCCCCACCUCCUAUACCCCCAGAAGAGACCUUUGGUGGGAGAGUUCCCAGACCAGCCUUUGUCCACUAUGAUAAGGAGGAGGCGUCCGACGUGGAGAUCUCCCUGGAGAGCGACUCUGAUGACAGUGUGGUGAUUGUGCCUGAGGGGCUGCCUCCCCUGCCUCCACCGCCGCCAUCGGGCACCACACCUCCCCCUGCGACCCCUGCUGGGCCACCCACAGCCUCCCCUCCCGUGCCAGCCAAGGAGGAGCCCGAGGAGCUUCCCGCAGCUCCGGGGCCUCUCCCCCCCCCCCCCCCCCCUCCUGGUCCCGGUCCGGUGACGCUGCCACCACCCCAGUUGGUUCCUGAAGGGACUCCUGGUGGCGGAGGACCCCCGGCCCUGGAAGAAGAUUUGACAGUCAUUAAUAUCAAUAGUAGUGAUGAGGAGGAGGAAGAGGAGGAAGAGGAGGAGGAGGAGGAGGAAGAGGAGGAAGAGGAGGAGGAAGAUUUUGAGGAAGAAGAAGAGGAUGAAGAGUACUUCGAAGAGGAAGAAGAGGAAGAAGAGUUUGAGGAGGAAUUUGAGGAGGAGGAAGGUGAGUUAGAGGAAGAAGAAGAGGAGGAAGAUGAGGAAGAAGAAGAGUUGGAAGAGGUGGAAGAGUUGGAGUUUGGCUCGGCAGGAGGAGAGGCAGAAGAAGGGGGUCCCCCACCCGCACCUCUGCCUGCAGCUCUGCCCGCCUCGGAAUCCCCCAAGGCACCACCUGAGCCCGAGGCAGGGCCUGGGCUGCUGCUGGAGGUGGAGGAGCCCGGGGGUGAGGAGGGGCCCGGGGCCGAGGCCGCCCCCACCCUGGCCCCUGAGGUUCUGCCCUCCCAGGGGGAGGUGGAGAGGGAAGGGGGGAGCCCCACAGCAGCACCGCCUCCUCAGGAGCUUGUUGAAGAAGAGCCCCCUGCCCCCCCAACCCUGCUGGAAGAGGGGACUGAGGGUGGGACUGAGGCACCACCUCCCCCAGAGCCGUCUGCAGAAGAAGAGACGGAGAUGGAGACAGAGGUCUCAGCCCUUCCAGAAAAGGAGCAGGAUGACACAGCUGCCAUGCUGGCCGACUUCAUCGAUUGCCCUCCUGAUGAUGAGAAGCCACCACCUGCCCCAGAGCUCGAUUCCUAGCCCUCUCGUGCCCCCGAACUCCUUGUUUCCAAUAAAGUUAUGUCCUUGGCUAUCUACUGCCACAACUGUGUCCCAGCCAGAAGUUCAAGUGUCUACCAGGCUUUCCAAGGUAUCCAUGGUUUUCCCAGAUGUCUUCGUAGCUACCCUGUUACCGCCAGUGUUCUGACGAGGAACCGCUGACCUACAGGGUUUAUGGGGACUGUCCUGUCUCAGCACGUCACCAUGAGAAUUUUACAGUUCUUGCCUCUGCUUUUGCUGAUGCUAAAUACAUGCGGGGUUGCCUGUGUGGUUAAGACUGCAAGGAGUUACAAAAUGUAGCCCUGCUUUCAGGUUUGUAAUCCAGGUAUGGGCAUGUGUGGGAAAUGGAUGGAUGGAUUAUGUGUCCUGGUGAAUGAUCUUGUGUUUAAAAAAAAAUUCUCACACACACACACCUACACCUGCCAUGCCCUUGGUCUGUAAGAGCAAGCUGAGUGAUCGUGAUAGAAGUUUAGAGAAUUGUGAAAAGGUGUAGAGUUUAAUCAUUGAAUUCUGUGAAACCUGAACCUUGGUCAUCCAAAUUAAAGGGGCGCCCAUAGUGGGUACAGGGUGACCUCUCGUGCGGGGUUGGUCCUUUCAGUUAUUACGCCCCUGCCCCCACCCCUGGCAGGAAUGUAAUAAGCUCAUCCCAGGUCUUCCUACUCCUGAGAUUUGGAAAUUUCCCAGACAGUGUCUGCUCCCUUUAAACACUUAACUUAUUCUAGGCCUUGCUGGGAUACAUGUGUGUGAACAUGAAACUAGGAGUGUGUGAGAGGGUGCAAGGUACAUGGGCUUGCGGUGGAUACCCUGUGAUUUAUUUGCGCCCUCAAGAGUUGGUUGAACAGGGAGUGAUUUAUUCCAACUGUUGUGUGCCCUGAGGACCUCUCUGAGAAGGUGGCAUUUGAGCUAUUUUUUGAAAACCUCAGUAUGGGUUAAAAAACAAUUUACCCCCAACUUGUUAUUUUGAAAAAUUUCAAACCUACAGUAAGAAUAGUACCAUAUAACCUUUACCUAGAUUCACCAGUGGUUAGUAUUUUGCCAAGUUAGCUGUUAUCUCUUCAUUAUAUUUGUAUCUGUACACAGACAUGUAUCUACAUGUACACUUGUAUCUGUGUGUAUAUUUAUAUCAAUGUUGAUGUGAAAGUAUUGUUGUGGGUGAAAGUACGUUGUAGGUAUCAUGGCCCUUCACCCUAAAUUCUUCAACAUUAUCUCCUAAGACUAAGGACGUUCUGUGAAAUCACAAUACCAUACUCAAACCUAAGAAAGAUAAGUCAUGCAAUAAUAUUGUAUAUAUUAUGAUAUUCAGAUUUUCCCAUUUAUCCCUAAAUCGUUUUUUAUAGCUGUUUGUUUUUCCUCUAAUUCAAGUUCAAGAGGAGUAUGUUUUGUAGGUGGAGAAGGCCAUUUAAAGCUUAAGAAUCACUGCAAGAACAAAGGCGAAGUGUAAAAACUCUUAUUAGUGAUUUUCAAAAAGGGAAAGAACUUGAUUUCUCAAAGCUGUAGAUAGGUAAGGUUGACAUCAGAAAUUUUUCUAAAUUGUAUUUGAAUAGAUAAUAUAUUCACGUGGUUCAAAAUUCAAGAGGUACAAAGAUUAGUUGGGUCUUCUCACUCCUGUUCUCUAGUCACCUCACCCAGAUUUUCUACCUAAAGGCAGCCAGUAUUCCCAGUAUUUAUAUAUCCUCCCAGAGAUUUUGUGUGCAAUUUACAAGCAAAUUUUUAUACAUAUUUCUCUCCCCCUCUUGUUUUUACACAAAUGGUAGUAUCCUAUAUACACUGUAUUGUAUGUUUUUUCACUUAGUAUCAUGAGGAUUUAUUCAUUCAAGAAAUAAUUAUCAAGUGCCAAUUAUAUACUAAAGCACUCUUCUCAUGUAUUUUUGAAACGAUUAUAGGUUCACUGGACGUUGCAAAGAUAGUACGGAGGGGCCCCAUGUACCCUUCACUCAGUUUCCUGCAGUGAUUGGUUACAUCUUGCAUGGUUAUAGUGGAAUAUCAAAAUCAGGACUUUGACAUUCAUUGUAUGGUACCAUGGUAAACACUGUUUUAAAAGCAGAGAGUGUGCAGCGAACAAAAAUCCCUGCCUUGCUGCCCACCCUGUCCUUAUGGGAUUUAUAUUCUAGAUGGAUUUGGGGGGUGGGGUAGAAAGUAAGCAAGAUAGGUAAGUAAAAUUUAUUUUGGGUUAGAUGGUGACAAGUGUUACAGGAGAAUAAAGCGUGGGGAUAGGUUCCUGAGGGUGUGGGUUGUUUGAACGUUUUGUUACAGAAAUUUUCAAACCUUGAGAAAAAUUGAAAGAAUUAUGCAGAGAACAGCCAUAUGGACACCACCUAGAUUUUACAGAGAGCAUUUUACUGCAUUUGUGUUUUCGUGCAAUUUUAAGUAGGAUGGACAAGAACGAUCGCACUGAGAAAGUGGUAUCUGAAUAAAGGACCUGAAGUGGUUGAGUGAGAGCAUUGUGGAGUUCUGGGGAAAUCGUUUUCUAGGCAGGGGGCACAGCGCAUACCAAGGUUCGGAAGCAGGAGCGUUCUUGGGGUGUUCAAGGAAAGCAGGGAGGCGAAGGAGGCUGAUAACAAGAGAUGAGGUCGGAGAGAUAGCAGGGUGGGAGUAGAAAUUCGGGAGGAGUGACGUAGGACCUUAGGGUUUUACCCCGAGUGAGGUGGAAAGCCACCCCAGAGUUUUGAGCAGAGAGUUGACCUAACACGAUCCAAUGUCUUACGGGAACAGUCUGGCUAUUCUGUUGGGGAGGAGACUGAGGGAGUGUGGGUGGCAGCAGAGACCAGCUGGAAGGCUAAUUCUGCUGGGGGGGAAUGAUGCCUCAGGCCACGGUCAUGGACAAGUGGUUGGAUUUCAGGUAUUUUUUGAAGGUAGAAUUAACAAUUUGAUGAUGAUUCAUUUCAAUUCAUACAAAGCUUCCUGCCUGGAAUUUUGUUCUAUCACAAUUGAUUUACCCAUUUCCCUGAUCAUUGAAUAGUUAGGGCGAUUCCAAUCUUUAGCUGCUACAAAACAAACGUGUACACGUAUGGACAUGGCAUGUAUACAUGUCAUUUUGCCGAUGAGUGAAUAUCUGUAGAAUAAACUCCUAGAAGUUGAAUCGCUGAAUCUCUCCUUAGAGGUUGUACUCAUUUUGUACUUACCGGAAAUGAGUGUGUCCCCAGACUUCAUCCAGGAGUGUUAACAAACACUGUGAUCUUUGCCAUUAUUUAGAUGGAAAAUGGUACAUCAGUGUCUUAAUUUAUGUAUCUUAUGAGAAAUCUAAGAUCUCUUUGAAUUUCCUUUUAUGUGAAAUAUUCUUUGCCUGUUGUGAUGUUUGUUUAUUACAAAGUUCUUUAUACAUUAGGAAAAUUAGCCCUUUGUUAUAGGUGUUGCAAACUUU